CGCAGUCGGGCCGCGCCGCCAGUUGCCGGCGGAGCGGAGGGUGUUGCGUCUAUGUAUCGCUGCGUAUGGCUACUGUCCCGGCUGCCGCCCCACCUGGGACUCUCGCCCCGCUAUGCCGGCGCCGCCUCUGCCGCCUUCCGGGGCCUGGGGGGCCUGCGGCACCCGAGCCGGGCCGCUGCCGCUUCCUCCUCCUCCUCGUCCGAGGGGAACGGCGGCAGAGCCCUGGACACCUCCUUGUUCGUGCCCCUGCACGUGCAGCCCCUGGGGCCGAGCCCGGAGGGGGACAUCGGGGCCGAGCUCACCCAGCCGCUCAACAAGAGUGAAGUCCUGAAAAUCUUAAAUAAGUUUUACAAGCGGAAAGAAAUGCAGAGACUGGGAGGAGAAAAUGGGCUGGAUGCUCGUCUUUUUCACCAAGCAUUUAUAAGCUUUAGAAAGUACGUUAUGGAGUCCAGUUUCCUGAGUGCUGAUGUACACAUUAUUCUAAAUGAUAUAUGUUGUGGUGCAGGUCACGUUGAUGAUCUCUUCCCGUUUUUUCUGAGACAUGCUAAGCAGAUCUUUCCUAUGCUGGACUGUAUGGAUGAUCUGCGCAAGAUCAGUGACUUAAGAUUGCCACCCAACUGGUAUCCAGAAGCCAGGGCUAUUCAGAGGAAGAUAGUCUUUCAUGCUGGCCCUACAAAUAGUGGAAAAACUCAUCAUGCUAUCCAAAGAUACUUGGCAGCAAAAUCAGGAAUAUACUGUGGUCCAUUAAAACUGCUGGCCCAUGAGAUCUUCCAAAAGAGUAAUGAUGCUAGUGUGCCAUGUGACUUGGUAACAGGAGAAGAGCGUGUUCUUGUUGAUCCAGAAGGCAGACAAGCAACCCAUGUUGCUUGCACUAUUGAGAUGUGCAGUGUUACUACGCCUUAUGAAGUGGCUGUCAUUGAUGAAAUUCAGAUGAUCAAAGAUCCGGCUAGAGGAUGGGCCUGGACCAGAGCACUUUUAGGACUCAGUGCAGAAGAAGUUCACAUUUGUGGAGAAGCUGCUGCUAUUGACUUGGUGACAGAGCUCAUGUAUUCUACAGGAGAGGAAGUGGAGGUCAGAAACUACAAGAGGCUUACCCCUAUUACCGUGCUGGAUUAUGCACUAGAAUCUUUAGAUAACCUCCGUCCUGGUGACUGCAUUGUCUGUUUCAAUAAGAACGAUAUUUAUUCUGUGAGUCGGCAGAUUGAAGCCCGAGGAUUAGAAUGUGCUGUCAUAUAUGGCAGUCUCCCACCUGGGACAAAGCUUACCCAGGCAAAGAAAUUCAAUGACCCUGAUGAUCCAUGUAAAAUUCUAGUUGCUACAGAUGCCAUUGGAAUGGGGCUUAAUUUGAGUAUAAAGAGAAUCAUUUUUAAUUCUCUAAUAAAGCCAAGUAUCAAUGAAAAGGGAGAGAAGGAAAUGGAUGCAAUUACAACGUCUCAGGCUCUACAGAUUUCAGGCAGAGCUGGAAGAUUUAGCUCUGUGUUCAAGGAAGGGGAAGUCACUGCAAUGUAUCGUGAUGACCUCGUACUGCUGAAAGAAAUUUUGAAUAGGUCUGUGCCUCCUAUAGAGACAGCUGGCCUGCAUCCUACUGCUGAGCAGAUAGAAAUGUUUGCAUACCAUCUCCCUGAUGCUACUCUAUCAAAUCUAAUGGAUAUCUUUGUGAGCCUCUCACAGGUGGAUGGGCUCUAUUUUGUCUGCAAUGUUGAUGACUUUAAAUUUCUAGCAGAUAUGAUUCAGCACAUUCCGCUAAAUUUAAGGGUAAGGUAUGUGUUCUGCACAGCACCCAUCAACAAAAAACAGCCUUUUGUCUGCACCUCUUUGCUAAAGUUUGCGAGGCAGUUUAGUAGAAAUGAGCCUCUGACAUUUGACUGGAUAUGCCGGCACAGUAACUGGCCACUGGUCCCACCCAAGAACAUCAAGGAUCUUGUACACCUUGAGGCUGUUCAUGAUGUGUUUGACCUCUAUCUGUGGUUAAGUUACCGAUUUAUGGACAUGUUCCCAGAUGCCAGCCUCGUACGGGACAUCCAGAAAGAACUAGACAACAUUAUACAAAUUGGCGUGCGCAACAUUACAAGGCUUAUCAGAGCUUCAGAAGCUACUUCUGUUUCUGGUGCUAUCGCUGUGCCAGAUGACUUUCCUCUUCAGAGAACUGAAGUUAAUGACAGGAUGUUGAACUUGGAAGAUCUUCCAGCAGCAAACCAAGAUCAAUUUUCAAAUGCCACAAAGGUCCCAGGACAGAAGAGAAUAAGACGAUCUAAAGCUUUGGGCUAUAAACCUGCUGAAGUACAGUCGAAUAUGAAAAGUCACGGACAAGGAUCUCUUGCUGCCAGACUAGUGCGUGAAGGACUCCUUACCCAAGAAAUGCUGAAACAACUAGAAAGGGAGUGGCAGGUUCACCACAAUAACAAUGGAAAUUUCCCAACUGAAAAAAGAGAUAAUCAGAAUGGUUCAAAAGGGACAGGAAAAAAGAAGAAGUGAAAUAAUGACCUAAUUCCAUUUAAUUUUUGUUCACAGAAUAAAUACUAUUUUACUAACCUCUUCUGGCAUCUCUGGAUUACACUGGUGCUGUUGCAUUUUUUUUUUCUUGUGGCUAGUUUUAUGAAGCAAAUAUUCAGAGAUGGAGUCUUGUAAACUGAAAGGUUAUUUUAUUAAUUCUGCUUUUGUUGACUUGUUAUGCACUUUCUCACAACCAUGACAUUCAGCAUAAAAAAUACUGUGUUUUCCUACAUGAAAGUUUGACCCUAAAACUUCCUUACAAAAUGCACACUUAAACUGUUUUUACCAUAAUGGUCAGGUAUAUUUCCUUAGUAAUGAAUUAGCUAAUCAUUCCACACCUUUGUAUUGUACAUAGUUCAACAGAUAAGUGCUAUAAAUGGUAAUAUACAACUUCACAGGAAAUGAGAUUAGAAUCUCAUGCCUUUCAACCUUUGCCUUCCCUGAAAAUCUGAAGUAAUCAGGUGGAAAGCAUUUAUCUAUUAAUGUCCUAGAUCUGGGAAAUUUACAGUAUUUCUCUCUUACAGAGGAAAAGGUCAUAGCCCUUUUAAGUUCUUUCUAUCUGAUGGCUUUUAGGGGAAAAAAUUGAAACAUUUAAAAAAAUUAUUCUUUCCCUGGGGGAAAGCUAGACAUGAUCUUAUUCAGGCAAAGCCAAAAAUGUUAUCCUGUUAAAAUACUACAUUGUGAAUGGGUAGUUUUGUGGUGCUAGCUGUAAAUUCCCUGAAUUGCUUUCUUAAUGCUGUGUCUUCACUUUGAGUACAAUCAAAAGUCUGUAUAGUUGCUCUGACUUUUUUACAUUCCCUUCAAGAAAGGCAAUGUCUAUGCUUGGAGCCAGGGCUGUGGUUCCUAACUCAUGGAGAUAUACCGAUGCUAGCUCCCAUUGAGUUCAUGCGCUAAAAAUAAUAGUGUAGCCAUGGUAGCAUGGGCUGCUGCGAGUUGCCCUCUCUGCAAACCUGCUGGGGCCCUGUGGGUACCUAUUCAGGGGCGAUAGUCCCUGCCGCCAAUGCUUGUGCUACUGUGUACAGUAUUUAAAUACUGUAAAUACAGCAACUGUUUUGGCACACUAUCAGUGAGAGCUAAUGUGAGUGUGUCUACAUGAGCUAGGAAUCCUACCCCCAAGUGUAGAAGUCGCCAAAGUGACUCUGUUCUUCUGUGUGUGAUGUAUUUUAUUUCUUGUUUAAUUUCAAGAUCAUCCUUCAUAAUUCUUAAUUGUUGGGGGAGGAAGUAAAAUACAUAAUUCCAGAUCAACUAAAAAUGGAGACCGUGCAAUGUACAGUGCAGUGCACUUUGACAUCCAUGAUCUCGGUAUAUCUGAUACGCCGUUAAGAGACGUUUACCCAGCUAGCUUAAAAUUGGAAAGUUGGCUGUUUAGUUUGACCUUUCUUCAGCUUGUUAUCUGGCUAAGCUCUCCACCAACCCUGUUUUGACAGGUUUGUUUGUUUGUUUUAACAUGGAGUUAAUCACUACGUGAUAUUUCAAGCAAUUUGUAAAGGGAGGGGAAUGCUCUAGUCCUAUUGCACAUGUUCCUUGGCAUUCUAGCCCUGAUAACUAAAUUAGUUUGAUCUGGAUAAUUUUAAGGUGACACUCUUGUUGGUGUAUUUGAAGAAAGGCCAGAGAUCAAGUGUGCUUAGAGGCUGAAAUGACUUUUUUGUCCAAAGAAGUGACCUUCAGCACUGGGGCAUGUUGUAAUGGCCAUGGGAAGGAAGCUACCCUGCUUCUGCUAUGUGCUUGUUUUGUGGAGAGGAGUUGUGGCCCUUUGGAUGUUAGAGCUCUUCCCAUCAGUUUUUGCAAACUUGAAAGGAAGUUUUAACUUUCUUUUGACUGAUUUCUGACUUUCUAAAAUGGUAUGCUGUUGUGGAGUUCUCUGACCACUUGCAAAUCUAUGCUUUAAGUUUUAGGCUACAGACUUCAGUCCGAAUCUUAAACUUCAGUUCAGAACAAUGUGUUGUAUAAUGUCAACGCUCCCCUCCCUGAUCUCAGCCAUCAUGGGUAUGGCACACAGAAAACCCACAUUCCUUCUAUACUCCCUGCUUCCAUUAUGUUUUGAUAACCAGUUUAUCCAUUAAUUGUUCACAAAGCUGCUUUUUAAUGUAUAUUUUUAGCAAGGAAAGGCUUCAUUUGGGUACUUAGAGGCGUAAACUGAAAUCUUGUGUUUGAGCAACAGCCCCUCUAAUGAGAAAAAAGCUAAGUAACUCUACAACAUUCUUUUGGUAUUUUGCUGAGAUUAGCACUUCAGCUUAAUUCAUUGCUUGUUCCCAUAGUGACUCCAUAGUAACUGUUGUAAGAGCUCUGAAAUUUAUUCAGGCAUUUCGAGGGCUGAUUUUCAUAAAAGAAAGUUUUCUUUUCUUCUGAGCUAAUGGCACAGUUGCCACUAGAUCUAAUUAACGUUGCUGUCCAAUUGGCCUCACAGGGUGUGAUCAAAACUGAUGUUGCAAAGCUACGCUAGGAACACAUUUUUAACAUGGGUCUACUUUGCACAAAACAAAAACACUUCCAAAUGGCCUGUGUCUAGAGUUUUUGUGCAUGGAGCUGUGCUGUGUGUUCCUACGUUGUUGUGAAAGUUCAACACGCUUUUCAACUGGCCCUUUUUUAAAUGAAGAAAGCUUGAUUCCCUGAUAAAAAUGUAAAUUGCAUUUUACACAGUACUUACCUUCAGUUGGAAGAGCCACUUUCAGCAACUUUUUCUGAAGACACUGUGCCUAAGCCAACUUGACCUUUCCAUUCUUACACUGUUUUCAAAGGAGAUGGAGGUUGUGUAGAAGUUAGGGUAAGACAGAUUCCCCCCCCCCCCCUUGCUGGACAGGGGCUUCUUUUGUGUUUUCUUUGUUCAGUCUCUCUGAAGGUGUCUUAAGUACAGAUUUUAUCUUAUUAUUUUGCAGCCUCGUGCUGCUAAUGGUUAUGUCUAAAGAGAACCUUAGACAAAACUGAGCUUUGUGCAAUUUGUCCUCACUCAUGCAUAUAUCCAAUAUGGUAGUGAAGGUGAAAUACACCGUUAUUUCCCACUCACUGAAAUCUAAAUGAGAGCUUUAGAGAAUUUGACAUGAGGUGAAGCCAAGUGAUGACUUUUCACUUUCCUGAUAUCUGUUAUCGCUAAACUCCAAUGUGCAACUAAGAUUGGAAUCCUGAAGCUGAGAGUGAAGCAUUUGCUUUGGAGAGUGAUGCACCAGAUAAACUAAUAAAACUCAUUCUGUCAGAAAAUAAUGUGCUGGAGGGGUGAAUGGGGCAUAACGUCAAAAUAGUUUGAACAAGUUAAAUAAAUUAAGCUCUUAGAAACAGCUUCCACUCCUGGUAAAACCAAGUCAGAAGAAACUUAAUACUGCACCCAAACUCAAAAAAGUGUUCAGAAAGGUCACUUUUUUCUAUCAAAGUUUGCCUGUCCUGUGGCUACUGGAUACAUUUGUUUUGCCCAGAUUUGAGCUCAUUCAUAUGUGGUAUUUUGUUGAGAUGACACUCAGAAGGGGGAGGCGUUUAAUGUUUUUUGGAAAGUUUUUUUUAAUUUUUUUUUUUUUUUGGUACCACAUCUGAAAAAUAGCUGAGCUGUCAAUCAUUUUAGAAACUUCAAAUGAGAUUUAUCUGAAAAUUGUAGGGAGAUUUGGGACACAGGAGCAGUUUGGGGAAAAGCAUAUUUGGGCAAAUGAGAAAUGGUAGUGAUCCAUUGGUCUUCAACAGAAGGUCCUGAUCCUGCAAUUAGAUCAAUAUGAUUGGAGGCCUAGACCCAUGCAGAGUUGUGAUUGUAGAGUUGGGGCUUCAGAUUGUAAGUUCUUCAGGGCGGGGUGUCUCUCUCUGUUCAUGGGCAGUGUCUCGCACCCUGAUUGGGGAGACUGGCUGUGACUGCAGUAGAAAUAAUAAAUAAUAAUUGUAAUGGAUACUGAAUGACUGGGGGAGACCUAGGCUUUCAUUUGUACAGAGCUUUCUUUAGUCUUAAAUGUAAACUGUAUGCUACUGUGAGACUGCAUGUCCUCACCCCAGGUACUCGACAGCUACUCUUCCUCUCCAGUAGCCUGAGCUCCUACCUCAACUACCUAUUCCUGGCAUUUUACCACCUUCUCCCUAUACUCUUCCAGAGUGAGACAGCACUGGAAUCCACAUUCUCCGUGCUACAGCCUACAUCCGCAUUGCCACCAGGGGAAACUGAGUUAAUACCCACCCUUAGUGCUUGUUUAAACUUUCCCCAUGCUUCCUUGGGGAAAUGACAUCCCACUGAAGGGAGAGUCUCAUGGAAGGCAUUUAAGUGCAGGGAUGACACACUGGGAUGAACUCACUCUGCACAUUUGGGGUAAGAGGAAGUGGCUAUCUUCUAUCCUAGCACCAGGCUUCUCCUUCCACCAGAAGCCUUGUCCCAAGGGGGUCUGCUCAGAGGCAGCAGGCUGUAGAUGCUCGAGUGAUAAAAUCUCCAGUGAUUAAAAUCUUCAUCAGCUCCCCGCAGCAGGGAGCAUGUAGCCUUUAGCACUCUGAGUAAGAGAGCCUGGCAGGCAGCAGACCCAUCACCAGCAUUCCCUGCCUGUGGGAGGCUGGUGUUAACAACUGUUUCCCUUGAUGUAGGGGCAGGUGUUGGAAUUUUUUCUCGGCAUGCACACCUUUGUUAAAAGCUCCCCAUACUGGUUAUGAGGAUCUUACCUGAAUGGUCUUUGACUGUAAGGUAAUUGCAUGCUGGAUUGGAGAUGAUCAUCUGCCUUAGAACACUCCAUAAUUCCUCAGGAUGCAGCUGCGAAGGGAGUAUAACAAAGAUUGAAAAGUCAUGCUGUGAUCCUUUACGAUCUGAAAGUGGGAGGGAGGGGUUGUACCUGGCUUGCUGGAUAAAACACUUCUAUAUUUAAUGUAUAUUAACAACAGCAAACCAUGACCCAGGUAAUUGAAGCUGGUAUAUUCAUUUGGGCCUCAGUUGUCAUUUGCACUAAUGUCACUACACCACUGUGGCCCGAGUAGCCAAUUUGUCUUAUUUUUAAGGGCUGUUAGUGUGUUGAAAAAUCAAUUGAAUGGAAACAAUAAUUUUCCUUCUUUCCUCAUCCUCCUACUUAUCCAAAGCAAGGAUGCACUGAAAACCUGUAAUUGAUUGAAUUUGCUAGCAGAAUGAAACUGACAAAUACUACUUGAUUAACAAACUUUGUGUGGUAAUUAAAAUCUUUGAGACCCUUUUCA